AAUGGUAGCAGAGCGUAAAAUAUAAAGAUUCCGGCCUAGAAACAAUUCAAUUAUUUCGCGUUGUGAUUAAAAGUUGAAAGUCAUUUGAGGUACAAAGACGUAACGGUUGUAAUUGUGAACUUUGAUCGGCAGAACAAUUGUGUAGGCACCGAGAAGCCUUAAAUCAUCGUGGACCUAGUAGUUCAAUUGUGUAGGCACCGAGAAGCCUUACGUCAUCGUGCACCUAGUAGUUUAAUUGCGUAGGCACCGCGAAGCCCUAAUUUCGAACAGUGAUCAAAGACAAGCGAAAAGUUCUUUGAAAGGAUUUGUACGAACAGAGCACAAUAGGCAAGCGAAGCGCCUCGAAGUUUCGUGAAUGGUGUGAAAAUCUAGGCCCCCAGGCCUCAGGUUUUCGUGAUUGGCAUUCGAGUUUCGUGAAUCCAGUCAAGUGAGCAGCUGUGAAUAGGCAGAACGAGUCGAUUCAUCGCUACACAAAGGGAGCGUCAAGUUCCAGAACGGUCAAUGUUGGUAAAUGCGAGUUACAAGGACGCUGGCAUUAAUACAGAUAAGUAUUUCGACUAAGAAUUACCUGAAUUGAUACCCAGAUCGCAACGAAAUUCGUCCGUAUUGGGAUUGAUAGAGCUAACGGUAAUUCGUAGAUGUUGGGUUUGUCGAUUGUCGGUUCGUGAACUUUGGACUGAGAUAAGUAAUCGGACCUUGACCUUGAUCGAGCGUUUUUAAUUUUGAGCGUCGAUGAAUCGGAUGUUGGACUAUGAGUUGUUAUCGAAUUUACCAGAACUUAAGCCGAUUGAAGUGAUCGUUAUUUCUCUAUUAACUUUGUAAUUAAUUUCUGCGUCUAACGUAUGAACUUUGGUAGAGUCAAGCGAUUAUUAAAUUAUUGAGUAACGGUAAUUUGGGUUAGCACGAUGAGUUUAAAGAAGCAGCAGUCCCAGUUGAAUCAAUUCACUCGAACGGUGACUUUCUGCAAAGCCAUUCCUGUUGGAACUACGAUUAACGAGCUAAUUCAACGAUUGGAGAACGUCAAGCAAUUGUUCACCGAAUUUAAGCAAAAUCAAGAGCAAGUGGAGGAGAGUUGUGGCGAGGACAACAUUGAUGUUCAAUUUACAAUGAGAGGACAAGUUGAGGAUUAUUUCUUCUACUGUUGUUCGAGGUUCAAUGAAGCUAUAGAUUACCUCAAGGCCAAGAAACAGGAUAAAGACAAAGAACAUGCGAAUAAGAACGCUCCAAGUCAGCAGCAAGAGGUUAAAUUACCACGAAUAGAACUCACGCCGUUUUCUGGUCUAUACGAGGAUUGGACUUCGUUCAAAGAUUUAUAUACAACGCUUAUUCACGACAACAAGAGCAUUGCGAAUGAUCAGAAGCUGCAUUACCUGAAGACGAAUGUAGAGGGCGAUGCAUAUGGUUUACUGAAAUCAAUUAACGUCACUGAAGCUAAUUAUCCGGAUGCGUGGAAGAAGUUAAUGGAUCGAUAUGAACACAAGAGAUACAUCGUCGAUUCGCUACUGAAGAGAUUUUUCGAGCAGCCGGCAGUUACGUGCGAAAAUCAUUCUGAGAUAAAAGCGCUUAUCGAUAAGUCAUCUGAGAUUGUCCAAGGACUUAAAGUACAGGGUUUACCAGUAAAUCAAUGGGAUACGAUUUUAGUCUAUGUUGUCGUGUCCAAAUUAGACGGAGAGACCCACAAGCAUUGGGAGCUACGUCUGAAAAAGGAUGAAUUACCUACAUUUUCGGAUCUGCAGGAAUUUCUCGAAGCUAGGAGGCAGUCGUUGGAAAUGAUCAGCGGUAGCAAUGUGCCGAGUAGCCAACCGAAGAGCAGUAUAGCUACGAUCAAGCCGAAUCAAUCAGGUGGACUUAAGAGAUCCAAUUCGAACGUUCAAAAUCAACCCAAUGGAUGCGCUUGCUGUUCGAGUGUAGACCACACGAUAGGUUCGUGCCCUAGAUAUGUGAAAUUGGAUUUAGAAAGUCGGUUGCAAUUCAUCAAGUCAAAGAAUCUUUGCUUCAAUUGUCUCAGAGUUGGUCAUUCAUUGAAGAACUGCAAGAGUAGGAGCACAUGUCAGCAGUGUCAUAAAAAUCAUCAUACCAGCAUCCACAACGAUAAGAGGGUUAGUGUGAUGACGAGCGAAAGAGCGUUAAAGUUGGACGAAACAUCUGAUAUACCGAGACCCAGGAAAUUAGAUUUGUUGGCCACUGCGGUUGUUCAUAUUUUCGACAAAUUUGGCGAAGUCACAGCUGUGAAAACCCUUAUUGAUCAAGGAUCUGAGAACGCAAUUAUCAAGUCGGGACUAGCGAAACGACUGGGUUUCGAACGUUCCACAUAUUUUUCAAGUGUUAAGGGUAUCGGAGAUAUUCCUGUGGAAUCAGAACCUGUUUUGUUCACGUUUAGAAUUGGUUCUUGUGUUAUUCCAUCGUUUACCAUGGAAGUGGAAGCCAUUAGCAUGGAAUAGAUUACAGGAGAUA